AUGCCCCCCUCCCACGAACGCACCUCCCUCCUCAACCCCAACACCACCACCACCACCACCACAACAAUAACAACCCGCCGCCACCCCCGCAACAGCAUGUACUGGACUCUAGCCUGCAUCUACGGCGCAUCCGCCGUCGGCCUCGGCGCCUUCGGCGCCCACGGGCUAAAGAAGCUGAUCUCGGACCCGACCAAAGUCGCCAACUGGGCCACCGCCGCCCACUACCAGCUCGUGCACUCCGUCGCCCUGCUCGUCGCCGCCCAGGUCCAGAACCCCAUUUCCGGCGUCCUGUUUACCACCGGCAUGACUUUCUUCAGCGGGAGCUUGUACCUGCUCGUCCUGAACCCGGCCCGCUUCCGGUUCCUGGGUCCCGUGACCCCGCUUGGCGGACUGUGUUUAAUUGGCGGCUGGGUUGCACUCGCUCUUAAGUGA